GUUCUGACGCAAGAUGUGGAGUCGCCAGGAGCAAGAGCAACACUUGAGAUCAUGAUGGACGAAUCUGGCGUUCCGAACAGGAACUUGCGUUGGUCCGCGUUAGAUGAGCAUGCGAUGUUGGUACUGCAGGCUUUUUUAGCGAUGUAUAUGUUUCGGCCGAUUUCGGUCUUUGCCGUUUCCUGCUGCAUUCGCUACAAUGCUUUGAUCACACGUCGCUUUGGUUCGGUUGACUUCGGUGGCUUCACACCUGCUCUUUUCUGGUCGGAUGGCUCGGAAGAAGUUGAAAUGGAACGCAGGAAUGCGCACAAUAGCAAUAGCAUACCCAUUUUGGACUCUCCGGAACUGAAGAGAAAGUUGCUCGAAUGAAGUCAGCUUGUGCUAAAUAGUUUGAACCACCGAUUGGGAACUGAAGUUGCUGUCUACUCAACUCUUUAACCGCCGCACAUUUGCCUUGCUUGCUGGACGCUGAGUCGCGCUGCGCUACUCACGUGCAGAACAAUCGCAUGCUGUGUGGACACCUGGAAGCAGAUGCGACCUCAUUGAGGAAGUGCCGCUUGCAGGGCACAACCACUUUACGCUACUGGCAAGCCUUCGGAGUGGCUGUCAGAGACCAAAGAAAGGUAAAUCUCUACGACCUCGGAGCUGCUGAUGCGGUCAACUUUGGUAAACCGCCAGUGGAAGGCAAGAAGGCGAUUGAGAAGAGCGGUGUCUUGGACCACAUCAUGAGUCACGACGGACUUGGCCAACGAACCGUUCUGUUCUCUGAUGGGGCAAAAGUCUAUCCUUCUUUGUGUGAAAAGAUGCAGGUAAAACACUUUGCUUGUUCUCACCGGUCCGGUCAGUUUUGUCACACGGUGAAGUUCAAGAGAAAGACUCUGAAAGUUCAUACGGGCACGAUGGAGUUUGGUCUUUGUUGAAAAAAGCUUUGCCCAAGCAGAUCAGAACCACGGACGUCACCGAUAAGACAAAGAUCAAUCAGAAGAUCUGGCGUCACGCAAGGGCGUGGCAGUGGCGAUGGGAACAUGCCAAGCAUGAUUCCCUGGCCACACUUACUGCGAAAACGCUGCGAGGCAUGUGAGAAACAGGCGCAGAUGUCCUGUGAUGAUACAUUCUUUCUUGAAAAUGAGAUCUCAUUUUAGGCAUGGUCAAUCAUGUUUUGUGUGGCAAAUACCAAACCAGUUGUAAAACCCCUUAGAAAUACACUCAUUUCUCUGCAUUCAACUUGCAAAAACACUGCAAAUACCACGCUGGAGUGCUAUAGAUAAAAGC